UCUGUCUCUCGGUACCAGUCUGAUUACUACAUGGUGUAAUUCCUGUGCAGUGAAGAGUAUGUAGUGUGGUGUUUAUUUCUUCAUUUUUUGGCACCUAGGGCAAGAUUAAACCUCAAAAGUCACAAUGGGCUACCACGGGUACAUCACGACGUACCUACUGUCGGGGAUUUUUAUCGGAAUAUUUUUUGCAUAUAUAUUCACGAACCAGCUGUAUCGGCUAGACUUCGGAUGGCUCCUUAUGUCAAUCUCACCUGUGAUGUGGGCCAAUCUGGGCAUUGGCUUCUCCAUAUCGCUCUCUGUUGUCGGUGCUGCAUGGGGCAUAUUCAACACAGGCACAAGUAUAUUAGGUGGAGGUGUCAAGACGCCAAGAAUCAGGACAAAGAACUUACUCAGUAUUAUCUUCUGCGAGGCAGUGGCCAUUUACGGGAUCAUCCUUGCCAUUGUCAUCUCCAAUCUACUUGAAGAUUACAACCCAGCGACUGUUUCAGAGAACACACUGAGGAACAACUACUUAGCAGGUUACGCUAUGUUUGGAGCCGGACUGACCGUAGGCCUGUCCAACCUGGCCUGCGGUAUUUGCGUCGGGCUGGUCGGUAGCGCUGCGGCCCUCGCGGAUGCGCAGAACCCGAGCCUCUUUGUGAAAGUCCUGAUUAUUGAGAUCUUUGGCAGUGCCAUCGGGCUGUUUGGUGUCAUUGUUGGCAUUUUGCAGUGUAAUGCCUUCAGAUUCUUGAGUGAGUGAAGCCCUCCAUCGCUUCUUCAGCUUAAUCCACCAACUCCAUUCUUCCAACUUUUAGUAAGUUGUUUCCCCUUUAAUUGUUUGAGAUUUUCUGUUGUUUGUGGUCUUUCUGUAGUGAAAGACUGACGAAAAAUGAUAUAUAUUUAGAUGGAUGAGUUCGAGGGACUAUCUCAAAGCUGGUCUGUUGAAAAUGAACUUCAAAAUAUCGCUUAAACAUUCCUUUGUAUUAAAAUUGAUCAUAUUUCUCAAAUGUAAAUGGUCAACAUUUAUCAUUAUUUAAUAUACUUUUCUUACGAUCAUUUAUAGAAAUCGUCAAGUUUAAGGUAGAGUACAUCAUUUGCAGCUUCCCAAAAAUUAAUUGAUGAAAUCAUUGUUGAAAAGCAUAUUUGGUUUAAUAGAUAGUAAUUUCACUAAACUCCCUAUGAAAUUAUUCUUUCUGGCAUUUUGUCAUUUUGAAGAAAACAAUAAAAGAAGGUCAUUUCCAAAGGUGCGUCUAAAGAUGCAUUUUUGGAAAUUUCUGUUCGUAGUUUGUUUUUAAUUCGGCGACGCCGUGUAUGGGUGCGCGUGAUUGCUAUAAAUCGUCGGUUCAGUGCGUGACAUUGCGUAGCUGCAAUUGGCUGAAUGAGAACGUGUCCCGGACGCUGAUGUCA